UGCGUCUAACGGUGACGGAGAGAGAGGAGCCCAUUUCCCUCCAGCGGCAGCAGCAGGCCUGGCAGACGCACGCACGCACACACACUAACACAACACAAACAUAUGCGGUCAGAGGACAGAGAACCGUCAAAGCAAAGCCACGUUUCGGAUUGUCCGACAUUAGCCCCGCGAAAACUGGAUGCCCGCACGACACGGAAGCUUUACUGAUGGCCGCUCAUCGCUAAACCUGCUGCCGCAUCUGCUCGACCCCCUCAGCGGUAUCUUUUGGCUCUGAUGUUACUAGCUGAACAGUGACCACUGCCCGCCCAAGGACACCUGCUGCCCAAUUCCCCUCAUCAUGUCUGGGAUCCAUCAGGUGCCAUGGUCGUCUGGCACAGAGUGCGUUGCCAAGUAUAACUUCAAGCCUGGCACCGAACAGGACCUGCCUUUCUGUAAAGGAGAUGUACUGACCAUCAUCGGAGUCACCAGGGAUCCUAAUUGGUACAAAGCAAGAAACACUGUUGGCAGAGAGGGCACCAUUCCAGCCAACUAUGUCCAGAAAAGGGAAGGAGUGAAAUCAGGAGGGAAGCUCAGUCUUAUGCCAUGGUUUCACGGUAAAAUCACCCGCGAGCAGGCGGAGCGGCUCCUCUACCCGCCGGAGACGGGCCUUUUCCUGGUGAGGGAGAGCACCAACUAUCCUGGCGACUACACCUUGUGCGUCAGCUGCGACGGCAAGGUGGAGCACUACCGCAUCAUCUACCACAACGGCAAACUGACCAUCGACGAGGAGGAGUACUUUGAGAACCUCAUGCAGUUGGUUGAGCACUACACCAAAGACGCCGAUGGGCUCUGCACCCGGCUGAUUAAGCCCAAGCUGAUGGAGGGGACGGUAGCGGCGCAGGACGAGUUCUCCAGGAGUGGCUGGGCCUUAAACAGAAAGGAACUGAAGCUGCUUCAGACAAUUGGAAAGGGCGAGUUUGGAGAUGUGAUGGUAGGAGACUACAGAGGGACCAAGGUGGCCGUCAAGUGUAUCAAAAACGACGCCACAGCGCAGGCUUUCAUCGCCGAGGCCUCCGUCAUGACGCAACUGAGGCACAACAACCUGGUGCAGCUGCUCGGUGUUAUUGUGGAGGAGAGGGGCAGUCUCUACAUUGUCACAGAAUACAUGGCUAAGGGCAGCCUAGUGGACUACCUGCGCUCCAGAGGACGGACUGUUCUCGGCGGGGACUGCUUGCUAAAGUUCUCACUUGACGUGUGUGAAGCCAUGGAGUACCUGGAGGCCAACAACUUCGUCCACAGAGACCUGGCAGCUCGAAACGUGCUCGUGUCUGACGACAACAUCGCCAAGGUCAGCGACUUUGGUCUCACCAAGGAGGCCUCCUCCAUACAGGACACUGCCAAGCUGCCUGUCAAGUGGACCUCCCCUGAAGCACUAAGAGAGAAGAGGUUUUCCACCAAGUCGGACGUCUGGAGUUAUGGAAUCCUUCUGUGGGAGAUUUACUCCUUUGGCCGCGUGCCUUACCCUAGAAUUCCGCUAAAAGACGUGGUGCCCCGGGUGGAGAAGGGGUACAAGAUGGACGCCCCCGACGGCUGCCCGCCUGUGGUGUACGACCUGAUGAAGCAGUGCUGGACCCUGGACGCCGCCAUGCGGCCCUCCUUCCGCAUGCUGAGGGAGAAACUGCAGCAUAUCAGAGCGAAGGAGCUCUACCUGUAAAAAGGAGCUGUGGGGGGCGGGGACAGAGGAGGGGGUGAGGAGCAGCCCUGCACGGCUGGAUAAUGGGAGGAGGAGGAGGAGGAGAGGAAGGGACCACAGCGCCUUCCUUCUGCUUGCCACCAUGCCAAACCAUGGGACUGCCCGACCCGACCCCCCCCCUCCCCAGACCUCAGACUCCCACCUGCUUCCUCACUAGGACUGUUCUCCUGUUUGUGUUGUAUAGCUUUGCCAAGCAGCUUCGUCACACCUCCUCUUCCUCCUUCCUCCACCUGCCGCUGUCCACUCGCUCUCUGUAACCCAGUCCGAGCCCCAUCCGCCCGCAUCACGCCUUUUUCUUUCCUUGCGUUUCCUCCCUCCUCCCUCCUCCUCCCUCCCUCCUUCCUCCUGAAACGUGGCAUUAACUGGAGGAGGGGCUGGCCUUUUCCUCCACGUUUGUCAGGUGCUCUCUUCUUCAACCCCGACCCUUCGGAUUUACUUCGGUUUAAUCAUUCCAGGAUCCGUGCGACGCGUAACACCACGUGGCUCUGCAUGCCUUUCAGUCCAGCUCUGUCAUUCCACUCCUCUAACCCCCAUCACGCCCCACCCCGACCGUGGUGGCGGUGGUGGGGGGGGGUAUCUGCUUUGCUCUGUGCCAAAGUGCCUCCAGUCUACAGAGCUCCACGUCCCUCCAACACUUCUUUUUAUUGGACUGUCGAGGUGUCGUUUUUUUUUUUUUUUAUUGCUUUUUUUUAUUUCUUUUUGUUUUUUCAGGGAGGUCAGUAAACCUUUUUUAUUACCAUUUCACCCCCACUUCCAUCGUUUCUACUUUUUUGUUUUGUUUUGUUUCUUCCCUUAAGAGCACAUGAACAGGAAGCGGUAGUGUUGGGUGGGGUGGGGGGGGGCGUCGCCAUCAUCUUCACACUGCUGCCAAGACGGCCCCGAGGAGCGGCGUAGGGUGGGAGCAGGACGAUAAUGAGAGAAGGCUGGGGCUGGAGAGGCACUUCACACACAUGGUCGAUUCAUCAUACGUGGGCUUGAUUUUUUUAGUUUUUUUUUUAUAUCAAAAUAUAUUUAAAGGUUUAAAAGAAAAGGAGAAAACUGAGCGGGACGGAGCAGAGGAGGAAGACUCUGAAGCCGGGAGGGAGGCGGCCCCUGUGGACGAUGGCCGUCCCCUGAACUCUGGGGUCGGGGUGGUGCAUGCUGUGUGCGAGAGGCCUUGGGUUCGGCUGUCAGUGCUUUCAAUGUUCAUUGUUUUAUUAUGCUAUUAUGAAUAAAUCAUUCCAUCUGAA